GCCACCGUCAUGCUCCCAGCUCAGGAAGCAGCCAAAAUCUACCACACCAACUACGUGCGCAAUGCCCGGGCCGUGGGUGUGAUGUGGACCGUCCUCACCAUCACCUUCUCCGUCAUCACCGUGGUGGUGUUCAUCCAGCCCUACUGGAUCGGGGACAGCGUCAACACCCCGCAGGCCGGCUACUUCGGCCUCUUCCACUACUGCAUCGGCAACGCGCUCACCUCGGAGCUCAUCUGCAAAGGGAGCGCGCUGGACUUCGGCUCCAUCCCGUCCGGCGCCUUCAAGACGGCCAUGUUCUUCGUGGGGAUCUCGAUGCUGCUGGUGGUGGGCAGCAUCGUCUGCUUCAGCCUCUUCUUCUUCUGCAAUGCCGGCAGCGUCUACAAGAUCUGCGCCUGGAUGCAGCUGGCCUCAUCCACCUGCAUGGUGAUCGGCUGUAUGAUCUAUCCAGAUGGCUGGGACUCUGAGGAGGUGAAGCGCAUGUGUGGCCAGCGGACCGACAAGUACACCUUGGGCAACUGCACGGUGCGCUGGGCCUACAUCCUGGCCAUCAUCAGCAUCAUGGACUCGCUCAUCCUCUCUUUCCUGGCUUUCAGCCUGGGCAACCGGCAAGACAAGCUGCUGCCUGAAGACUUCCAGGUGGACGGAAAAGAUGAAGCCUGA